UUUAAUACAUGCAGAAAAGAAGCACUGGAAGUCACUGACAAGGAUCUCCAUUGACGAGGCUAAACAACCUGAAUCUAAAAGUCUAAAUCCUGCCUAAAUGUCGGAAUUGGAUUGGCCUCUUGCUUCUCCCUCUCCCCUUCCCCAGUGUGACUACGGAGAAUGGAGCGCCACCCGAGUGCUGAUUCCAGCGAUUUACCUCUUAGCGUUCAUCAUUGGUACAUUUGGAAAUGCCUUUGUGCUCUGUGCAUAUCUGAACUGCCGUGGAAAAUGGCUAUGGAGGAUUAGGGGCCACAACAAAUCUGAACCUUCCUACAGACCUUCCACCUCUUCACGUUCUGUAACAGAGUCCCUGAUUGUCAGUCUGGCCCUGGCUGACCUUGCUUUUGUCACUACUCUUCCUUUGUGGGCCGUCUACACAGCCCUGGACUAUCACUGGCCAUUUGGCAGCUUCCUUUGCCGAGUAAGUAGCUACCUGGUGGCACUGAACAUGUAUGCCAGUGUGUUUUCUCUGGCUGGACUUAGCGUUGAGCGCUACUGUGUGAUCAAAAGGCGUAGCCCCAGCAAGAGCCUAGCCACAGUUAGAGCCUGGUACAUCGUAGGUUGUGUAUGGAUAGCAGCCAGCAUCCUUGCACUUCCCGCUCUUCUUCUUCGAACUGUCCAAGAGGUGGAAGAACAUUCUGAUUGGCUGGAUGAUGGCGAGCAUAACAAAAACGGUGGUCCGCAGUGCUUGUGUGACAUGGACUAUUCUAUUUUGGUCUCGCUAGACCUUGAUCCAGCAACACAAGAGCGCGCAGAAGUGAUGUGGUCGGCUCUGCUAGGUUUGAAGUCUACCGUCCUGGGCUUCCUGCUUCCUCUUAUUGUGCUGCUGCUUUGCUACUGUUCACUGGCACAUUUCUUGUCCCGCCAUUUUCGUCUUGGACCUCAGCCUGAUCGGCAGCGCCAGCGCAAGCUCCUGCGAGUUGUUAUUGCCCUCGUGCUAGCCUUCUUUCUCUGUUGGCUGCCCUUUCAUGCCAAUAAGACCCUGUCAGAUUUGGUUGAACUUGAUAUUUUGCCCUAUUCCUGCAGCUUUGACCGCUGGCUGGUUGCUGUCCACCCUUAUGCAAUCUGCCUAGCAUACAUGAACAGUUGCCUAAACCCACUGCUCUAUGCCUGCUGUGACCCAGCCUUCCGGCGACGGUGCAAACGUGCAGUCAAGCUUGUUUGGAGGAGACGUGACAGAGAAAGUGAUGAAGCAGGAGAUAGAGAGACAGGAACAAAAGUUGAGCUGGAAGAGGAUAAAAUAGUGAGAAAUGUAGCACACAAUUCCCAAAUUGGAACAGAAUACUGCAACAUAUAGCGAUUAAUAUGAAUGAAAUAUUUUUAUAUAAAUUACUGUAUGAGAAGUAGAUUGUGUAAGUGUGUGUACUGGUACUAAAUGUAUACUGUGAAAACUAUAAAACUGAAAUGAUCACACUGUUUUUCCCCAUUAGGGGGUGCUAAGGAU